AUGGACAGCAGCGAGGUUUCUCCGCUCUGCUUCCCCAACCUCAACUCCUCCUGCAGGCGCCUGCCUCCCCCCCACUCUGAGUCCGCUCUGCUCUACACCCUGCUGGCCUUCGUCUCUCUGCUCACAGUGACCCUCAACCUGCUCGUCAUCAUCUCCAUCUCUCACUUCCGGCAGCUGCACACCCCCACCAACAGCCUGCUGCUGUCCCUGGCCGUGUCCGACCUGGUGGUGGGGGUGCUGGUGAUGCCCAUCGAAGGCCUGCGCUACAUGGAGACGUGCUGGCUGCUGGGCUGGCUCAUGUGCGCUCUGACUCCGUACGUGUCCUACUGCCUGCUCUCUGCCUCUGUGGGCAACAUGGUGCUCAUCUCCAUCGACCGCUACCUGUCUAUCUGUCAGCCGCUGCUCUACUCCUCUAAGAUCACCCUGCCCAGAGCUAAAGCCUCAGUGUGUCUGUGCUGGGCCUGCUCCGUCCUCUAUAACGGCUGCAUUCUGAUGGGACACUUAGGGCAGCCGGACAGGUUCCAAUCCUGCCACGGAGAGUGUGUGGUGGUCAUCAGCCACAUUGCAGGAAUUGUUGACCUGUUUGUCACAUUUGUUGGGCCCUCUACUGUUAUGGUGGUUCUGUAUAUGAGGGUGUUUGUGGUUGCCAUCUCUCAGGUGCGUGUGAUCCGCUUGCAGACUGUCCGUGCAGCUCCCAUCGCUAAGAUAUCAGAGAUGAAGGCAGCUAGGACUCUGGGGAUUGUGAUAGCUGUGUUUCUGAUGUGCUUCUGCCCGUAUUACUACCCCUCUAUAGCAGGCGAGGCCACGUCAAACCUCCUGUCGUACUUUGCUGUGUUGUCUUGGAUCAUGUUGGUGAACUCCUGUCUGAACCCUCUCAUUUACACUCUGUUCUACCCCUGGUUUAGAAAAGCUAUCAAACUCAUCUUCACCCUCAGAAUACUGCAGCCUGACUCCCGGGACUUUAAAUCCUCCAUGAAGGCGUCAGUCAUUAGCACCCUGCAGAAAAAACACAAUAACACUUGA